CUGGUCCGGGUCGCGGCAGCCACCGCGGUAAGCCGGCGCCGAUGAGUGCCCCACCUGUGGACGCGGGCCGGCGCGCGCCGCCGCCGCCACCGACGGCCGCCGGCUCCGACGGCGGCGCCGCCGGCCGACUGGCCUGCUCACUCCAGUCGCUGCGGGGUAGGCUGUCGCGCGGCCGAGCGCCCGACACCGCCCCCGUUCCCGCCCCCGCCCCCGCCGCUGCUGCCGCUACUGCGUCCCCCGCUGCUGCCGCGGGUCGCAGUGAAGGUCCGUCCGCCGCCGCCGCUCAGACCAGCGACCGGCGGUCCCAGGAGCAGUCGGGCUCGCGCGCCCCGCCCGCGUCCAGUGAGGGCGGAAAGACACGCGAGAGUGGUGACCAGAAUAGCGACGCGAGCGACGCACACCCGAACGGCGCCGCCACCGGGAGCGCAGCGCGAGGGGACGAGUCGGUGAGAGACUCUGUCGCAGACGACGCGAGAAAGAGCGAGAACUCGGGUGUCUCGAAGUCAUCGGGCUCGCCUCGAGCGGAGUCUCUGGGGUCGACAGAACCGACGACUCAGCCGUCUGCGACCAGGGCGGACUCUGUGCCCGCUCAGCCGGCCGCUGCGGUCGCUGGGAGUUCCGCAGAAGCCCCGGCGGCGAGCGAUUCCAGUUCAGCAAGUUCGACCACCUCACCAGACACAGCGCCUGAAAAACCGCACGUUUGUGGGUCCUUCUUCUCACCCUGCUGUUCCGCGCGCCGCGCCGGAGGGGGUGUCAAGACGUUCAGCGGCGCAUCGGCGACGAGUACCGGCGCUCCGGCGAGCACUGGCGCUCCGACAGCCAGACCCAGCGGCUCAGAGCGUCAUCGGUCUCCUGUGAGCUUGGCGAGAAUCCUCUCCCGACCGGUGUUCACCAGCAGUCCGCCGCCGCCGGCCCGCAAAAAGUCGAGUGUGGUGUACUUUCAUCCCGAGUUUCAGCCGGGGGUGAUUGGAGAAGACGACGCAACGGAUUCUAGCAGCCCCAGGUCCCAGAUGCCUUCUCGCAGCAUGGGCAACACGAGCUCAUCCGGCGCCGCCUCGCCCCAGCCGCGCUCCCCCACCUUCCGACCGCGGGUCACGCUGCCGCCCGACUACGAGUACAUGAAAAAACUCGUACCCGAACUCAAGCUGGAAAUCAAGCAGAAGGACGCCAGGAUCGCCCAGCUGGAGGUGGAGCUCAGUGAGGCCAACCGACUCGUCUCCAGAAAGGACAAUGAGGUGUCCAAACUGCACCGAGAGAUACACAAAAUUCAGAGCGUUCUGGCGCAGGCCAGUCCUCCCAUGUCGAACGGUGACCUGGCCGGAAAACUACACGGAAACCACCUGACGGUGCACAGCAAGAAACAGGGCGUCUCUGGGGAGAGCAGUCACCUGGACGGAAGGAACAUGACCGUCACCGCGCCCAAAUUCGAGAAGGACUUCAGGUCAAAACAGCUGAUUAAGGAGGCCAUCAUGGACAAUGACUUCCUGAAGAAGCUGGACUCUUCACAGCUCCGUGAGAUUGUGGACUCGAUGUACCCGAAGAAGUACGCCAACGGUACAUUCAUCAUCCGGGAGGGAGAAGUCG